AUGGUCAAGACUCUCGCCGGCGCCCUCGUCCUUGCGGCUCUGCCAUCGGCCCUCGCAUUCCGCAACACGUCGCCAUUCUUCCUCUUCUCUACAGCCGACUUGCUGGUCCCAAACAAUGACGCCGCCAUCGCUGCAUCAUCAGACGUCACCGCCGACGUUCUCAAAGCUCUCGAGCACUGCCCCACCAAAUCCUACCUCGUUGUUGAGCAGAGGGGCGUCGCCGCUGCCGACUACGCUGAUGGCCGCGCUGCACCCCAGCUGAGCAGAUACAUGGCUGGCAAGCAUGCCGAGGUCAAAUCGACUGUCGCUAUCCCCGACAUUGCUGGCAGCGUCGACACGAAAGCCAUCACAGAGCACCUUGUGGCCAAGUGCGGAAAGGACUACGACGAUGACGACGUGUGGUUCGAGAGGAAGACAUUCGCGGCGCCGCCUACGUCCAAGGCGCUUCGCAUCGAGCAGCUCCAAUCCGAUGAUGCGACACUCGAGCAAUUCAUUGUCAAUGACGCCAAGGCUGACGACUACACCGUCAUUUACAUCACCACACCUCAGACCGAGUCGCAAGCAAAGGAGUCUAUCCAACAACAACAAUACGAGAUGGACAUGCCUUUCCCAGACGCUGUCCAGAUGGAACUCAAGCGCGACCUCUCCUCCCACGCUAAGCGCGCCAACUCGACCAACAACGGCCUGUUUGAGAGAUACCAGUACUUCACACCCGGUAUCUUCAUGGGCUUUGCUGCCAUCAUCCCGCUCUUCCUGAUCCUGCUCGUCGGAAUCCGAGCCCUUACCAGUCUCGAAGUUUCGUACUUUGCCUUUAGCAAGGAGAUGGGUCCUAAUGCCCAGAAGAAGCAGUAG